CAACAAACACAACUUACCAACCUUUUCUCAGUUCCCUUUAUCAUCAUCCAUGGCUGCUGUUUCUUCAACCUCCGCCGCCCUAAGAAACAUAUCUUCUGCGGUGAAGUUCUCACCCUCAGUCACAUCUUCCCUCACCGGAAAAUUCCUCUCCUUUAAACCCUCAUACCCAUUUCUCCUCUCCCAAAAACUUCGUCUUCAACCUCCCACCGCCGCCGCCGCCGCCUCCAGAUCCUUCUCUGUAAAGAAUCUCUCCGAUCCAUCCGAUUCUCCAAGACCCACUAAACUUCAAGAACUGUAUGUUUAUGAAAUCAACGAAAGAGACCGUGGAAGCCCUGCUUAUCUCCGAUUAAGCCAAAAAACUGUUAAUUCUCUUGGAGAUCUUGUCCCUUUCACCAACAAAAUCUAUAGUGGGGAUUUACAAAAGAGAUUGGGAAUAACAGCAGGACUCUGCAUCCUGAUCCGACACGAACCAGAGAAAAAAGGUGACCGUUAUGAAGCCACCUACAGUUUCUACUUCGGUGAUUACGGUCACAUAGCCGUUCAGGGUCCUUACUUAACAUAUGAAGACAGUUAUCUAGCGGUGACCGGUGGAUCUGGUAUCUUUGAGGGUGUUUAUGGUCAAGUGAAGCUUCAGCAAAUCAUUUUCCCUUUUAAGCUUUUCUAUACUUUUUAUCUUAAGGGUAUACCUGAUUUGCCCGCUGAACUACUUGGAUCGCCGGUGGAACCAUCGCCGGCGGUGGAACCGUCGCCGGCCGCUAAAGCUUGUGAGGCUGGAGCUACCAUUAUAAAUUUCACAAAUUGAGGAUGGUUUGAUUUAAUUAUCUUGUAAUUGGAAUAUUAGCUAAGAAUGGAAUGGAAAAGAGAGUGGACCGACCACCUUUAAUUAUUUUUAAUUGUACUAUGUUAUUCCUUUUUUUUAUGGGGUCUACCUAAUUAAGCAUUUGGGUAUUUUAAAAAUUAUAACUAUGUAUUCAAAGGACUCAAAUUCUUUUUAUUAAGAUGUAGAGUUUGUUGUU